GGACCAGUGCCAACAGGUCCACAGUUGAACAGAGCACUGAUAGUGAUGCGGCUGAGAGAGAUUUUGUUGAUAAUCAGAAUGAUGAAGAUGAGGAAAAGGUGAAGAAGGAUCCCCUGCCUCAGAUGCAGCAGGAUGCCGUGAAAAGAAAUAAAGUCAAGGCCAAGAGGACCAAGAGAAACAAAGUGGAGCAGAUCACUGAUGCAGGUCCCUCUACAUCUGUGGAAUUCUCUGGGAUGGCAGUUCAGGGGACAUCUCACCAGGGACAAUCUAAUGAGAAGAUCCUAAGUGAGUGUGUCUCCAGGGCCUGUCAGACCAGGGCUCUUGACCUCCCGCCAAUCGAUCCGGAUGCUUUCAACCCGAUUAUCAUCCGGUUUCUGGAAAAACUUACUGAGGAGCAAUGGAGGCAGUUAAGCAUUGGCAGGAUGGACCCUGUGAUGAGGGCAUUGCUUGCAGAGAUGUGCCUGGAGAUUGUGCGGUUUGUAUCUGAGGCCAUCCUGGAGGUCAUCAUCCCUGCAAUUUUCCGUUUUGUACGGAUAUACAGCCAUGUGUCUCCAGUAUCCAGCAAGUCUCUGACAGAAUCAGAGAGAUCCUCUAGCACAAACCUGAAGGUUCGCAAGAGAGGCAGCAGCAAAUCCUCAAGGUCUUGCACGGCCAAAUCAAGCUCCUCUCGUAAUGGGUAUGUUCAGUCAUUCCUAAAGAAACCGGUUUCACCUAACUAUUCAUAACCCAUUUUGUGAAAAUAUGUUUUGUUAUCUGUAUAACAGUUUACUCUUAAUGACCAG